ACUAUAGCACUAAAAAUGUUAGGGAGAGAAUAUAAAUCCUGCAGGUGGCGCCACCACCUUCACUCCGGCGCCUCAGCACUGAAGAAGAACAAGCGUGUUUCUUUUUUCCAGUCCUUCAACAUGGCGGCUGCCAGGAGGUUGAAACGCGUGGCGGCUUCACAGCCAGGUUUUUUACAUUUAAAGUCCACUUCAGACUCUAUAGACUCGAUGAGCAGUCGGAGAAAACGUGUGAACAAGAAUAAGAAGAAGAACUGGAACAAACACAGCGACAUAAUUGACGUAGAGGAGUUUUUAGAAGACGUCCGGCACCAAGAGAGGACCACAGGGGGUCUGCUGUCUGAGAAGUCAGAUGACAGUUUGUUCUUUGUGGAUGUUGGACAAUCAAAGAAAGCUGAACAGAAGGAAGCAGAAUCCAUAGAGGGGAAGAAGAGGAAAGGGAAAACGUCACGUCCUCUGAGGAUAGACCUGAUCCUGCAGCACGACUCCCUCGUUCCACCACCUAAAGAUGUGCUGGCCUACCAGCAACCAAAUGCCAAGAAACUUCGUCGCAUUGCCCAGAAGGCUGAGCAGCUGGCAGCUAAAGGCGUGGUGCCAAGGAGGCAGAAACAGCUGCCGAACAGACGGCCUGUCGACAGGAAGGCGAAGAAGGCAGUGACAGAGGCCAACAACAACCCAGACAGAGAAUAUUACGAUAUAUGGGGGCAAGAGUCCAAAGAUUCAGCUGACCCGUGGUACCUUCAACAGACUGGCAAGAAGCUUGUCACGCGCCCAGAGAAGUUGAAUGAGAAGCCGUCUGUGCUCCCUGCUGUGGAGGUGAUCGCCCCUGGAGGAUCCUACAACCCAGACUUCUUCUCUCACCAGGCCUUGCUGCAGGAAGCCCAUGACGUGGAGGUAAAGAAACAAAAGGAGGAAGAUAAAAUACAGAGACAGCUGGCUAUCAACAAAGAAGACAGAGCUACAGAGGAGACGACCUUAAGAGAGCAGGUGGAAGGUCUGGUGGAAGAAGAGAAUGAGGAAGACACAGCUCCUAAUGAGGAAGAAGGGGGUGUGGCAGUGGGAGCCAUCGCACUGGCAGAGAAGAAGACUGAGAGACAGAGGAAGAGACAGAAGGCAGACAAAAUUAAGGAGCAGCAGAGGCUGUCUGACAGACGGCAGACUGAACAGCGGCAGCAGCUCUUCCAGCUACGCUCCAUUAAGUCGUCCAUCAAACAGCAGGAAAAGAAAACCAAGGACAAACAGAAACUGCGCAAGGCCAAGCAGGAGGCCCAGAAAGGCCAGCCCAGACGCCUCGGCAGACUCAAGUUCCAGGCUCAGGACCUGGAGGUUCAGUUGAGUGACGAGCUGGCCGGCUCCCUGCGACAACUCAAGCCAGAGGGCAGCGUCCUCAAGGACCGCUUCAAGAGUCUACAGAAGAGGAACCUGAUCGAACCUAGAGAAAGAGCCAAGUUCAAGAGGAUACACAAGCUGAAGUAUGUGGAGAAGAGGGCUUUUAGAGAGAUCACUUAGUGCCGACCUAGAGUUCACAGGAGCUUAAAACCAGAAGCUGGACAACAUUUAAAGCCACAACUGCAAAAGAAUGGAACUGUGUAAAUACAACUUAAUGUCUGCUGAGGGCCUGCUUGUCCCUUUCAGACAUAGCAACUUCUAACAAAUAAAUAUGUCACAGACAA